AUGACUCCUUCCGGAACUAUAUCUCUGUCCUCCAUCACCGAUGGAAGCAGUAAUGGCAAAAGCAGUGGCAGCAGUAGCGAUAACAACAACAACAACAACAACAGCCAGCACCGCGAUCCCGCCCACAAUUCUCUACAAAGAGGCACCGAGGGCCAACAGAUGGAUGCAGACCAGAAAACGCUCUUCUACUUUGCUAUCUUUGACGGCCACGGCGGCUCCCACACCGCCGACUAUCUGACCGCACAUCUGGACGAGUAUAUCGAGGAUGCGAAGCCGGAUAUGGUCCCCGAGGUUGUGCGAAAGCUGCGCAAGCUCGGAGGAUACUUUCGUUCGUUUCGACCGCAUUUUUUGGAACCGUUUCUCCCAUCAGAUUUCGAGGAGAAGUAUGGACGAGCAGGGAAAUCUAUGGCGGCGGAAAGGGCGAGACAGCAACGAAAGGUGCAUAUCAAGGGGAAGGGAGGACAGGUGAAGCCGAUGAUCUUUAUUCCGCAUCCGAAUGCGACGGAGGAGGAGCAGAAACAGGAAGUCGAAACUUUGGAACAUGAGGCUGCAAAGGCUGAGGGAAAGAUGAAGGAUGGAAAACAGGAUGAUGAUAUCCCAGCAGCCGAAGAAGCACGAUUGAAAACGAACAAGGACAUAGAGCUGCAUGGGGUCGAGGAUGAGGACGAAUAUGACGAGGAUGAAGAUCCAUUGAUAGUUGAAAAGAAGAGACAGCUGAACAAGACCUCGCCAUUACCUGGAGGUACUACUUCUUACUCUGGAUUAGACCGAUCCGAAUACGAGCAACUGGUCGUCAGGGAACAAGACCUAGCUGCUGUAGCGGAAAAGGAGAAGCAACCAGAAGUGCCGAUCCCGAACACCAUGACCCUGGAGCAACGCUUAUGUCUGUCGUUCUUGGAAUGUGAUACGGAACUCAUCCAAAACAAAUACGGCGAUGGAUCCACGGCAUCUGUGGUCAUUGUGCAAUCGAAGGGUGCCUUCUGGGAGACCAAGGACGACCUGGACCUGAUUGUGGCUCAUGUGGGUGAUACACGCGUUUUGCUGUGCGAGGCCCCUCGAGGCGAGAGCAUCCAGCUCACGACUGAUCACCAUCCGGAUGCCGUUGUUGAAGCUGACCGAAUCCGCAAGCUGGCAGCCUACGUGAGCGCAGACUCAUUUGGCGAGAACAUGUUUCUGGGCACGGUAGCGAACACACGCGCGCUGGGCGAUAUCGCCAUGAAGCCCUUUGGUGUCUCUGCAGAGCCUGAGCUCAUCCGACGGACAGUCAAAGCUACCGAGGCCGCCUUCUUGGUCUUGAUUUCCGACGGCGUCUCGAGCGUCAUGAGUAACCAGGAGGUGGUUGAUUGUGUCAAACUCGAGGAGAACCCGACCUUGGCUGCCGCCAAUGUAUUGAACUUGGCAGAGCUGCUGGGCGCAGAAGAUAACUGCACAGUUUUGGUCGUCAAGCUGCCUGCAUGGGGAGCAAAGAUGCCAGACUUGUCCAAGGAGCUGCGAGAUUACCGCUGGCAGAACGAAGCCCAGCAAUUACGGGCCAGAAGGCGAUAG